CAAGCUACACUCAGACUGGAUCCACUUGUCGUGCAAAGAUCACAAGCAAGAAGACUCCGAAGCCGGGAGUAGAAGUACCAACUUUAUCCUGGAGCUUAGAGAGAAAAGACAAGCAAGACCACAACGUUUGGUUCUACGGACUGUCUGCUGGAGCUCCGACACAACCAAUUUGCCACUUCGCUAUACACCAGUUUCUCUGGACAUAGCAGCUAAACAAAGUUGGUAGUAAACUCUUUGGAGUUUGGUUAGAGUCGCUUUAAUUUUUCUUUGCUUGUGAGAGUGGACUGCACUGGAACUUGGGAUCGACCCCCCGGGGUCCAGCUUGGACCUGGCGCAUCCUUUCAGCGGCUUCAAACACUGCGAAAGUUUUGGCCAGAGCGCGCAGAUCUCAAGAGUUCCGAGUCGAGUCAGACUUUGAGGUAACACUCAUCAGCUGCUACCCCGAGCCCAGCUCCAACACACCUGGGCGACCGGAUAGAGAGCCACUGACGAGACUCCAUAGAAAACGCUUAUCAAGCUCCCUCGCUGUUACAAGACAUGACAGCUUGUCUGAAGCAUUAAAACCUACAAAUCCAUUAAUUUUCCAGAGGGGUUGCGAAGAUAAGUCAGAAGAUCUGAACAAGUGCAGUAACUUGCAACAAAGAAGUCAAAGAAACAACCUGGUAAAACCAGCAAUCACAGAAGCAAGAACAACACCAUCCUCUAUCUAAGCCGACCCAAUGGCGUGGUCAGCUCUUACCGGCCCUUGUGUGGCCAUCGCCCUACUCUUCUUCGGUUUGACCUCCUGCACUCCCUCUGGACCGGCCUCCGCCACCUGCGCCACACUGGAACAGAGUCGCUUCUUCGGCGUGUUCUCCUCUACGACCACCCUGCCGUCCACCCCAUGCUCCUGGACCCUGCAGAACCCCGAUCCUCGCCGCUACACCGUCUACAUGAAAAUCACCAAGCCCACCGACUCCUGCGUGCCCCGCCAGAUCAGGACCUUCCAGUUUGACUCCUUCAUCGAGACCUCCCGCACCUACCUGGGCAUGGAGAGCUUCGACGAGGUUGUCAGGCUGUGCGACGCUUCAACCACCGUCACCUACCUGGAGUCGAGCAAGCAGUUCCUGCAGAUGCGCAAAGUGGCACCAAGGAACGGACUGGAGCUUGCAGAGGGGGAGAACAGCGUCAGUGAUUUCAAGGCUGAGUUUCUGGUCGUGGGGAAGAGGAACCCAAGCAUGCCCGCCUGCCAGAUGCUGUGCCAGUGGCUGGAGAAGUGUCUGUCCACCAGCACCCAUGAUUAUCCCUGUGGCAUCAUGAACACCCCAUGCCAGUGCUGGGAGACCCCAAAGAGAAAACCAGGAAGCUGCUACAGGGGCGGUGUCUACGUUGAGAAAUGCCUUCCCGUCCCCAGAGACAACGGACGCGAUGCUGAGAUUAUCAAGGGCUGGGCUGGUUGGGGCCGCUGGUCCGUAUGCAGCCAGGAAUGCGGUGGCGGAGUCCAGGUGCGCAGCCGAACCUGCCAGCCCGAGGACGGCGUGUGCGAGGGAACAGUCGAAGAGGGGCGGGCCUGCAACCCUCAGCCCUGCAUUGGCAAAGGACCCAACAGGAGCCAGGGUCUGCGGGCCAUCAUCGGUUUGAAGAGAGACAAUGCCGGUGAUGCCAACCAUGGAGUUGUUGCAACCCAAACAGUAGAUGCUAAAACCGAUGAGUGGUCCCCCUGGAGUGCAUGCUCAAUCACCUGUGGUGAGGGCUGGCAGAGUCGUACCCGUGUCUGCGCUACAUCCUCCUUCACCACCCAGUGCACCGGACCCCUGCGUGAGAACCGGCCCUGCAACAACACAGCCGUCUGCCCCGUGGAUGGUGCUUGGGAUGAGUGGACCCCCUGGAGCCUGUGCUCAUCCACAUGCGGCCGUGGUUACCGUGAUCGUACCCGCACAUGCAAGCUGCCCCAGAAUGGAGGAGAGCCUUGCCGCGGCCCCACAAAACAAACCAAGUUCUGCAACAUCGCUGUUUGCCCAGUGGACGGAUCCUGGAAUGAGUGGUCUGCCUGGAGUGCAUGCUCUGCGACUUGCUCCAGCGGCACCAUGCAGAGGACACGGGAGUGCAACGGGCCAUCCUACGGCGGCUCUGAGUGCCACGGCAGCUGGAAAGAGACAAACAACUGCUUCCUGAAAGAAUGUCCCGUUGAUGGACGCUGGCAGCCAUGGAGCACAUGGGGCAGCUGCAGCAAGACUUGUGGUGGAGGCAUUCAGCAGAGACAGAGAGUCUGUGAAGGGCCUCUCUUUGGUGGAGAACCUUGCCCCGGUGAAAAGGGAGAGCAGAGGCGCUGCAAUGAGAAGAGAUGCCCUGAGCCCCAUGAGAUCUGCCCUGAGCAGAACACUGGAGAUGUUGUGUGGAAGCAAACCCCCGCUGGAGACAUGGCUUAUACCACUUGCCCUGCUGAUGCUUCAGGUAUGAUUCUGCGCCGUUGCACUCUGGAUGCCGUAGGUCUUGCUUCCUGGGAGAACCCAGCUCACAUCAAGUGUGUCUCCAAGAACUAUGACAACAUUCAGAUGCUGUCAAGGGGCUACAUCUCCAAAGCGCAGAUGGGGGAGAGUGUGGACGGAGUCGCUGAGGUGAUUUCCCGCCUGAGAUUCUCCUCUGAUGAAGGGGCAAAGUACAGUGGCGACCUCUUGGCCAUCAUGGAAAUCCUGAAGAACACCACCGAACUGUACAAGGGAACCAGGCUGAGACUGAGCAACGCCGACGUUGCGAACUACGUCCAGACCAUCAGCAACUUACUGAAGGAGGAACAUCGUGACAAAUGGGAGGAGGUACAGCUGAUGGGCGCCAGCAUUAAGGAGUUCCUCCGCCUUGUUGAGGACUUUGUGAACAUGAUCGGUAUGCAAAUGAGCGGCUUCCAGGACAUUUAUGAAGUCACCGAGAAUUUUGUGCUGAGCAUCCACAAGCGCCCUGCAACAACAAACUCCAACUUCACCUUCCCUGUGAAGGGCUGGAGGGGCAUGCUCGACUGGGUCAGGACCUCUGAGGAGAGGAUCUCUGUGUCCCGUGAUGCUCUGUCCAUUGAACAGUCUGACGGCAAUGACGCUUUUGUGACUGGCAUCGUCCUCUAUAGAAACCUUGCUUCUCUUCUGUCCUUCCAGAGUAACACCACCCUGCUCAACUCCAAGGUGGUGACAGUGAUCGUCAACCCCACGACAACUCUUCUGUCAUCCCCUGUUGAGAUUGAGUUCCCCCACCUUCAAAAUGGCACCAUGAAUGAGACAUGCCUCUCAUGGGACGAGAGCGAAACUUCCUCUCUGCUUGGGUCUUGGUCUGCUCGGAGCUGCAGAUCGGUCCCCGUUCAUUCAUACAGAACCAAAUGCGUGUGUGACAGCCCCUCCACCUUCGCCAUUUUAGCGCGCAUCAACUUCGACUCGAUCAUGGACAAGGCACUGCUCCCGUCCGUGACUCUCAUCGUUGGCUGUGGGGUCUCCUCUCUCACCCUGCUGCUCCUCAUCAUCAUCUACGUCUCAGUGUGGAAGUAUAUCCGCUCCGAGCGCUCCGUUAUCCUCAUCAAUUUCUGCCUCUCCAUUAUAUGCUCCAAUGCCCUCAUUCUUGUCGGACAAACUCAGGCUCGCAACAAGGUGGUGUGCACUCUUGUAGCUGCUUUCCUGCACUUCUUUUUCCUCUCCUCUUUCUGCUGGGUGCUGACAGAAGCUUGGCAGUCCUACAUGGCUGUCACUGGUCGUCUGCGCAACCGCAUAAUCCGCAAGCGCUUCUUGUGCUUAGGCUGGGGCCUUCCCGCACUGGUGGUGGCUGUGUCAGUGGGUUUCACAAAAGCUAAGGGAUACGGCACUGUCAACUACUGCUGGCUGUCUCUUGAGGGCGGACUCCUCUACUCCUUUGUCGGCCCUGCUGCAGCUGUUGUUUUGGUGAACAUGGUCAUUGGUAUUCUGGUCUUCAACAAGCUGGUAUCCAAGGACGGUAUCACCGAUGUGAAGCUGAAGGAGAGAGCUGGGGCAUCGCUGUGGAGCUCCUGCGUGGUCUUGCCCCUCUUGGCCCUCACCUGGAUGUCUGCUGUCCUGGCCAUCACUGACCGCCGCUCGGCCCUCUUCCAGAUCCUCUUUGCCGUGUUCGACUCUCUGGAGGGUUUCAUCAUCGUCAUGGUUCACUGCAUCCUGCGUAGAGAGGUUCAAGAAGCUGUAAAGUGCAGAGUAGUCGACCGCAAGGACGAUGGCAAUGGAGACUCUGGCAGUUCCCUUCACAAUGGCCACACCCAGCUUAUGCAGUCUGAUAACGAAAAGGAUGGAGAUUCAAGCAGACAAGGAAUGAAGAGCUCCUCUGAAGAGAAGAUGCCUCCUCCUCAGCUGCCUCUUCCCAUGGGCUCCAACUUCCACACCCUGCCAUCCAACCCCAGCAAGAGCCACAUGCAGGCGGUUCCCGAAUAUUCCAGCCACACCCUCACCCUGAAGAGAGAGAAGAGCCGGCUUGCAGGAGGAGUCGACCCAUCCUGCGGGAAACCCGUGUAUGUCUGCGAGGGCGAGCUCUUCAAGCAGCUGGACGCAGAUCUCGCUCGGGCCCAGUGCGAGGGCAGUGUCUCCGAUGGCAGCGGCUACGUCCUCAUGCCCAACACCACCUCCACCCUGAGGUCCAAGCCCAAGGACGACCCAACAAAAUACAACAUCAGUGUGGAGCAGCUGCCACAGGCCAGGCUCAUGCACCUCGGCGGGCCCUUCGCCGAGCCCCAGGCCGCCUUUGGUAUGAAGUCAAUCCCCCCUGAUCAGGUCAGCGUGUCAUACUCAGAGAGAGACUCGCCCAUCCAGAACAUCCACAACAUGUCCAGCGAGUCUCACAUCACCCACAGCAGCCUGGAGAACACCUUUGAGUCCAUGAACUCUAUGAUGUCCAAGAGUGAGACCAUCUCCACACUGUCAAUGAGCUCCUUGGAGAGACAGAAAUCCCGUUAUGCUGAGUUGGACUUUGAGAAAAUUAUGCACACAAAGAAACGCCACCAGAACAUGUUCCAGGACCUAAAUAGGAAGCUACAUCAUGCUGAGAAAGACAGAGAAUCACCUGCCUCUGACAGCAAGGACAAACAGCAGGCUCCACUGGAGAGGCCAUGGGAAGGAGUCCGGGGAAUACCGCAGUCGCCCCCAGCUUGGGUGCGCAAAGACCUGGAGCCCCUAGCUGCCUCGCCUCUGGAGCUGCACUCUGUGGAUUGGGAGAAAACUGGCACCACCAUUCCUCUAGUGGGGCAGGACAUCAUCGACCUGCAGACAGAGGUCUGAGGGGGAGGAAGGGGGCCAGCGAAAGCCACCUGAUUUCACCUUGGUCACCUUUUUGGUUUGGGAAUGUGAUCCUGUAUGGAUAGAGUAGAGGAAACCAAGAAAGGGAGAAAGUGAGGAAGUAGGUCCCAGAAUCAAAUGUCUUCAAACCCUCAGCCAGAGCAGGAAGGGAGGGCAGAGGAGGAGGAGGAGGAGGAGGGGGUGGAAGAGUGGAGGUAGUGGUGAUGGGAUGUUUAAUGUAGCUUCUCUGUGUGGACUUGAAGCAUCUCAUGUCAGAGUGCUCUGAAGGGCAUAGGUUUAGUAGAGCGAGCCGUGGUUUCCAUGGACCAGGACUGGCUGUGGUUCCAUUAAUGCUUCAUUGGAAGUUUCCUGAACCCUUCAGCCUGGGUUCGCAAGGUGUGGUCGACAUGUCUGUGCUUCUUUUUUUCCUUCAACUCAACUUUGGAGAAAAAAAAAUGUAAUAAUAUUAAAACGGUGUGUCCUCCCUGCUUCACGGGAGGAACAACCGGAACUCUUGGCUGCUUCUCUACCAGCCAAGUUACCUUCCAAAAUAGGACAAGGCACGAGAGCAUAAGGGACCAGUUUCAUGCUUGGAGUCCAACACACUGCACUUUGGUAGAUGGGCACACACAUUUUGGUUUUGUGCCGUGGGUCACUUUAUUUCAGUUUUUCCAGUUUGUGUUUUUAUUUGCACUGCUUCAUACCUGGAAUUGCUUCAACAGAAUUGAAUAUGAGACUCUCUGUACAGAGAAAAUAACUCCUCUACUGGAGGACAGGCUUAAUCAUGCUAAUAGUGAUUCUCACUGUUGUUAUCACCAUGGUUAUUAUUAUUCCAAUGAUUAUUGUCAGUGUUAUGAUUAUUAUUGUUAUUGUCAUUAUUGAGUUAAAAGCCUAUAUUUUGAUUUUUCUUUCUCCUCAUGACUGUCAGGCACAAGUUUUAUUGUUUUUGCACUGAGAUAUAAAACAAUAGGCUAAAAAGAGAAAAAAGAUUCAGUGCAUCUGUAAUGUGUUCUGAGCUCAUACGGACUGCAUCGGGACAAACAUACUGAGUGGUGAUGGAGGUGGCGGCUAGUUACCUGACAUGUCCUGGUUUCUCCAGCAUUCUGCUUCGAUACCAAACACCAGCACCAGGAUGAACACAGACUCUCACACGGGAAGAGCAGUGCACUCUGGGAAAUGCUGGGUGGAAAAUGUGAGGAGGUGGGUGGGGGAGGAAUACCUCCCCCAUCUCACACUCCCUCCCUCUCAGCUGGCACAAGAUGCAGGCUCUUCUAUGUCGUACAUAUUGGAUUCCAGGGGUCAGCAAAGACCUUUCAUCAUCGCCCUUUUGUUUCUCAGCCUUGCAGGACUCUUGGACCGAGCAGAGGCUCCUGGCGCUGAUAUGACUUCCAGCACAGCGUCAGGUCCUCAAGACUUCAACACAUUUGUGUUUUCAGCCAUCAGUGUGAAAUAGUGCAAUAUGAUGGGUGCUUGAUGCUCAAGCAAGACUGAUAUUAUGAUUUAGGCAGGAGUUUUUUCUUACCAAUGUUUCAAAACUUUUAUACCAUCUUCCUCAUAUAGAUGCUUUAUGAGAAUAUUGUAUAACAAAUCUGUAUUAGUAAUUCAAGGAAUUUAUUCGCUAGAGAUUUGUUAGCACAAGACUCCAUAUUUGGAGCUGUGACAGGUAGAUAAUUGUACUUCUAUAAAGCAAACAUUAUAUAGAAUGAAUGAUAGCCUAUGAAUAUCUCUAAACUGUGCUUCAGGAUAUUUGUUAUUACUCACCGCUGUAUAGCGAUGAGUAAUGGAACCUCAUGUCUUCUGUAACAGUGUGUUUUUGAUAACCUUGUCAGUAACUCAGCAGUAUGUACUACCAGCCAAUUCCCCUGUCCCUUUGAAUUCCUCUGUCCCACCCACAGCCCGAUUCAUACCUCGAGUUACUUGUAUUGAAUACCCAUUUGUAUUUUCUUGUCACAACUUUGUUUUUUAUGUUCUGUUUUACCUUCUGUAAAUGUACAGUUUUCACAGCACAAAAUGAAUGUGACUUAUUUCUAAUAAAAACACAUCUAUAUUA